AUGUGUCAGGACGAAACCAAGCUGAAUGGCUGGUCUAGCAUGCCUGCUGAUGCUGGCAUAAUAUUUGGCGACAGACCUUUCAUCAACGAGCCAGGUCCCAUCUCGGUCAAUGAAAUUAAGUUCCCAGUCGAUGAUCCAGUGGUGGCCAAAACCUCCGACUAUGCUAAGGCUGUCCUCCAUCCCGAGACAUUUAACCAUUCCAUGCGGGUUUACUAUUAUGGAAUGGCAAUUACCAAGCAACAGUUUCCCAAGCAUGCUGCCGACCUCAAUCCCGCCACUUGGGCGUUGACCUGCCUGCUGCACGAUCUCGGCACUGCGGAGGAGAAUCUCGCUGCGACUCGGAUGUCAUUUGAUAUCUACGGUGGUAUCAAGGCCUUGAAUGUCCUCAUGGGCUUUGGCGCAACUUCUGAUCAGGCUGAAGCUGUCGCUGAAGCCAUCAUUCGACACGAAGAUAUGGGAGUUGACGGAACCAUCACCUACAUUGGCCAGCUUAUUCAAUUAGCUACUACCUACGACAAUACAGGCGUCCACCCUCAUGUCAAGGACUUUGAAAAAUUGGUCCAUGACGUGACGCGCACCCAAAUUAACGAGUCAUUUCCACGAUUGAAGUGGUCGAACUUCUUCUCUGGCAUCAUUCGAAAAGAGGAGGCUAUCAAGCCAUGGUGUCAUUCGACGCAUCUUGUCAAUUUUGACAAGGAAAUUGAAGCCAACACUCUCAUGAAGCAGUGGGAGUAA